AUGUCUCCACCAGCUAAUGGCGAGUCAGCUGCGAAUCAAGCUGAAGGCGUGGACGGGCACACAGACGAAGUCUCGAGUCAAGUGCCCGAUUCGGAACACCCAACCGAGGAGGAGCAAGAAAAUGAACACGAGCAAGAACGCGAGCAAGAAUAUGAACAAGAGCAAGCUGACGAUGAACAUCUGGACCAAGACGUUGAGCUGCCCGCUGUAGAGGACAGAGAAGAAGCUCCCUUGACCGCGCAACCCGAGCCCAAGGACGCGCCUAAUCUUGACACGUUCCUCACACCUAACCCUGUCUCUGUUUCUCCCGAACUGAUGCUUGAACUCCGGGUUCGAUGGCUAGAAGCGCUCGUGCUCGGAAUCGACAAGGAUGGAAACGUUGCUGUCCCUCGGGAACAAGACAUCGCCGGUGGAACAGUCGUCAGAAAGCUCAACCAGGCCCAGCGCUCGCUUGAUGAUGUCGUAAAGACGAAUGAUGGGCUUAGGAAGUUUAUGGGUGUUUACAAUCAAAACGCGCAUUUGCUCACCCCAGCCUUUGCACAUGGUUUGACACCAUCCGAGACGACUUCGGUAUCAGAUCUCGAGGCGUUGUUGUUGGAGUCUGAAGCCGAUAUACGCGCCGCGGACCGUGAUUUGAGGGAAAUUGCCGAUCUGGAGUCGAGGGGUGUUUUGAAUUCUGGCAAACUUCCGAGUCAUGAGCCCCUGCAACCGCGAGUUGACGCGCUAAUUCAAGCACAUUUAGAAGAUCUUGCUAAAUUCGACUCACUCGAAGAGCGUAUUGGGGCACUCAUUUCAGAGUACUCGUCCCAUGUGAACGGUUUAUCGGAAAUCUUCGUCGCUUGGGAUCUUGCGCUCGCUCAAGCUGAGGCAACGGUUACGAAACUAGAAAAAGCACGCAAACGAGCAAAGGAGACCAGCUUUGAUUGA